UAUCCAUGCAUGAUUCCCAAAUCAUGCAGGACAGCUGCUGCUGCAAGGGGGGAGGACACAAAGUCUUUGAAACCGGUCAUCAUUGAUUGGAUAGCUCCAGCAGGUGAACCAGUAGUGCCUCCUUUGCCAUGGAAUUCUAAGACCAGUCGGGGCUUCAAUCACCCUCUCACUGGUUGUUUACUAUGUCCUGCUGAGUUGGAUUGGGAUGACACAGAGUAA